AUGGAUACUCGCCCAAAGACGAUAUACCUCCCAGACACUAUGGUUAACUGGCCCUGGCCUCGUACCAUCAAUCCUCAUUACGAGGAUGUGAAAGCUGAAGUCGAUGCUUCAUUCCGUGAUUUCAAGGCACUGAGUCCUAAAUCACAAGAAGCAUUCGACAAAUGUGAUUUUGGUGCGACCUAUCCCGCCUAUCAGCACUGGCUUAUCCCAACGCACCAAGAGGAAUAUACCGACAUGGAGAAUGAAGCAGUCACGAAGGAAAGGGUGGGCAUCGUGCUCGAUGCCUUACACAAUCCCCAUAAGAUACGACCAGAAGACGAAUGCAUUCUCGGCGAAAUUGCGCGACAAUUUUGGGCUCGCGCAAUCCAAUCCGCAAGCCUGCCUUCUCAACGUCACUUCCUUGAAACAUUCGAUGAAUACCUUAAUUCAGUAGUUGUCGAGGCCCUCGACCGUGAGCAAGGCCGUAGGCGCAGUCUCGAUGACUACAUCAAGCUCCGGUGCGCAACUGUUGGGUUAAAACCUUCUUUAACAAUAUUAGAGAUGGGGAUGGACCUUCCUGAUGAAGUGUUCUACCAUCCCAUCAUCAUGGAUCUUACUAAUUGCAUCACAGAGCUCAUAUUUAUCGAUAAUGACAUGACGUCGUACAGCAAGGAGCAAGCGGCUGGGAACGAAUUCCAUAAUUUGAUCAGCAUUGUCAUGUUGGAACUGGACCUCGACAGUGGCAGUGCGAUGGCUUGGGCAGCACAUUAUCACACUGAAGUUCAGAAACGAUUUAUUGACGGUCUUGCGAAGGUUCCCUCAUGGGGGCCUUCCGUCGACGUCCUAGUCAAGGAGUACCUUAACGGGGCAGCGAACUGGGUUCGGGCAAGCCAUUCUUGGGGUUUUGAAAGUCAAAGGUACUUUGGCACCAUGGGCCCGAAAAUACGCCAAACUAGACUUGUCCCGUUGUUGCCAGGGCCCGAUCGCAAAGCCAUGUGAAUCUAUUAGAUCUUUCCACAGAAUCUGGCGCUAGCUUUUCUUGUACCUCGUAAAUUUCGUUUUGAUAUAUAUGUCACUGCCAUGCUUCUCAUCUAGUUUCUCAUAUAUGCCACUCUUGUCCUCCCGUUUCUCUAGCUUUCAGCCGACUACUUUUCAUAUGACUUUUGUAACCCCACUGGCAGUCGCAUUUACGUCAAAUUUACGGUUAUUUUUUGUUGAUUAUCGUUGAAGUAGGGGUUCCGCGGGCAUUGUGUGCUGCUCUAGAAGCUAUCGACAAUCUACCAGUGACCCUUUCAGUAAACUCUUCAAAUUGAAGCUUUCGCACA